AUAAUUAUGAUUUUUCUAAAAUCUUUCAGCUGACUACUACAACCAGCAGUGGCAAACCUACGAUUAUCAACCACAACCCUUACAAUAUCAAUCGUCUAGUUAUCAACCCUACAAUUACUACAGUGGAUACUACAACUAUUACCCCGUUGCCUAUGAUUACUCUGCACUGUACAAUCCUUAUCCCAAGCCUCACAAUUCUUACCCUAAAAAUGGCCUAUCGUAUGACGAGGGCCAAAAACUGCUUCAAGUGUACCGCCUCAUUCGGGUAAUCACUCUAUUCAGAAUUCCACCAAAAUAUAAGAAAGUGCACUCCCUCGACAAACUCGUAGAAGAGUUGACCAAACAACCCCUCCAGGAUCAGCUUGGUGAACUAGUUUGCCACGUCGAAGGAUACGAGGAGGUUGCGAAUCUCGAACCAGGACCACCGGGAAUCGAGUUGGAUUCAUUUGUUGAUGACACCGCUCGACUACUACUGGCAAUCCAGCGGGCGUUGAAUGCUUUGGAUUUGGACGAAGGAGAUUACUAUCAUCAUAACAAGGGAUUCUGCUCAAUGCAUAAAGAACUCUGCGAAGAAUUACGCCACCUGAGGGACCAAGCGAAUGCAUUGUCUGUGCCCUACAUCAAGAAGGAGAGAGUGUCAGAAAUUAAGGCUAUGGUGAAACAAGCAUUUGAUACGGAUAUUCUUGAAGACUUGGAUGAAGAUCUUGAGAGCAGAUUAUUAGAUUUGGAUGACUUGGAUAUAGAAAUGCCAGUAAUUACUCCAAAUGAAGAUGUCUUAGAUAUAGAUACGCCAGUAUUAACUGGAUAUGAAGAUGUAGAUCAUAUAGAUGUGGACGAGCCAGAAAUUGUCGAAUACGUAGAGGUGCCAUCCAAUGGUUACAAGUACGACGAGGAAACAUUGGAUCGCUUGGCGUUAGCUAUGGACCUCUAUCUGCAAAAUCAAGGCACGAUUGCAGCUCAGCAAGCAAAGGAAAAGAGUAAAGAAAUUGCUGUGGAGUCAACGACAGUUGAUUAUACUUCCAGUUAUCCAAGGACCACCCUCAGAGCCACCACGAUGAUAACCCCAGUUCAUUCAAACGCAAAAGAAAACUCAAAGGAUUCGUGGUUUGGCUCUUUGUUUGGGAAGGAAAACAAACUACCAGUUAAGCCGACGAUAGACGUAAGUCAACCAGCAGAACUGAUCGAACCGGACCAUGGCAAACAGAAAGAGCAAGACGCAUGGAUUCACAAGGAUGUUGCGGAAAAGAAUGCAUUGGAGUUCGAUAUUGAUGAGCGUUUCCAAACUCCGGCGAAUACGGAGAACAUGGAUGUAGAAUCUGUGGUGACGCAUUCAGUUCCAAUAUGGUUAAUGAAGAACGCAGAGCUGGAUAUGGAUAGCAACAAAGAAGUGGAUUUGGUGACUAUAAAUGAAGAAGAGCUAUUCAGGAAGCUUCCGGCAAGUAGUCGUAAUGAAGCCGAAGCAGUGGACGUGGUUGCAGCUGAGGAUAUUGAAGCUCGUGAGCUUCCGACUGAAGAAGAGGAACUCCCUGUAGAAGAGGACGUUCAACAAGAGCAUUUGGAUCAAGAAACUACAUCAAGUUCGACGGAAACUAGCCAAAAUGAAGGCGACUAUGUGGAUGGAGCCGCUACUGAAAAUAUCGAUGAGAUAACUCAUGAGCUUUCGGUUGAAGAAGAAAAACCUGAUCAAGAUGAUCUAGACUUCGAUCAGCAGAGUAUAACGGAAAUUUGGACAGUUGAAGCAACUUCAACAGAAGCUAGUCACACCGAAAACGAAGCUGUGGAGGAGAAUGUACCUGAGCUUCCGAUUGAAGAAGAAAACGUCCAAGUAGACGAUACCGCGACAAUUGAAGAAACUUCGACGAAAACUGAAGCUUUGGACGAGAAUACAACUGAAUAUAUUGAUGUGACAACUCAUGGGCUUUCAGUUGAAGGAGAGCAACCCCUAGAUCAGCAAAGUACAUCGGAACCAUCGACUGUUGAAGCAAGUUCGCCAACCACUCCCGUUGAAUCCCACGAAGAACAUACGCCACCUACAACUACAGCUGCACCAAAGCCGGAUGCACGAGUUUUUGCCAAAGAAGAGGUAUUCAAUGUGUUGAGUCUACUUGAGGAAACCAAAGGGUUCACGGAGCUGAAGGAGCACAUAUCCAUCCCGGAUGUGGACCAACUGGUAGAUGGGCUGCCUAAUGUGGAAGCUGGCAUAAGGUGGACCGAGAUGCUCAGUGCUCUGCAGAAAAUGGUGACAGAGAAGCAGCUGCACAGCAGUAAGGAAAUUGUGGACGUUUUGGAGCAUUGGAAGAGGGGUAUGAAAGGACAGCUAGAUAACGGCUACUUCAACAGGACGUACGGAGGACACAAUGACGUGGAAGUCCGUGAAUUAGACGAUAAUAAAGACGAUCAAUUCGAAGCUAGAAACUCGGAUACGAUGUUUCAACCAGUAGACGCCAACAAUCCAGAGAUGGCCCAUCUCGUUCCUCACAUAAUCCAACAGCUUCGAUUGGGGAACAUAUCUGAGCAGGAACAACUCACGCUCGCAGCAAUCUUCGAAGAUCAAUGGCCUUUGAUAGUGGAAGAAGCCUUCCAGUUUGACCAGGAACCGUUAUUAAGUGAAUAUUAUUAAGUAUGGAAAUUCAUAGCAAACUCUUCACCCGUUCCUUUGUGUCUAAAUAUAUCAUUAUGGUACUAA